ACAAUGAAAAUGGCAAACAUGGAGGCACUGAUCAACGAAAGUGAGAAGAAUUAUGAGGGUAAAGAUAUGAGUUCAGACAGAAGCGAGAAUGAGGAAGAAUACGGCUCUGGGUCUGGUGUGGAGGAACAUGUAAAAGUGGAUGAAUCAAACAAUGAUGACAAACACAAGAGAAAGAAACACAAACAUCGCAGCAAGCACAGGAAACACAAGCACCACUCACUCGAGGAGGAAAAGGACCACAGAAACAGGCACAGACACAAACACAAGAAACGGAAACGUAGAGAUUCUUCCAAGCUGGACGGCACAGACAUACCCAUGUGGGGCACAGAUCACCUGGUCUCCCCUCAUAAGAGACCUAAACUUGAUGACUUGGCUAUCUUAGAGGAUUUGGAGAAGCAAAGAGCCAUGAUCAAAGCAGAACUGGACAAUGAAUUAAUGGGUGGGCAGGUACAGUCAGGCAUGGGCCUGAUACUGCAGGGAUACUACUCAGGCUCAGAAGAAGAGGGGCAGACUGAGGAGAGGAUGUUAAAUGGGAUACAUCAGAGAGAGGAAUCCGAAAAACCUUAUCCGGAACAUCAGGUUGUGCAGACAAACAAGGCGCCUGAAAGAGAUGAACGCCACUUCACAGACUCUGUGGAAGGCACGCGGAACAAAUCGAAAGACAGCGAAGACAAACAACGUAAAUCUCAGAAAUGUGACAAGAGGGUCAGUAAGAGCGGGCCGGAGUCUGAGCCUAAGGAAAAAACGAAAGGCCAGAGCCCCUCCAGGGAGAGGAGGCGCUCUCGAAGCGUCGACCGGUCGAAAGACAGAUCCCAGAGGUGCAGAUCACCUGUGGAAUCCAGGAGACAGUCGUCGACGGACAAAAACUAUCGCUCCGUCUCCGCAGAAGCGGAGCGGAGGAGUAAAAAACCUUCUUCGACGUCAUCUGCGCAGCCCGGAGACAGACGGGACGCUGAGCACAGAAAUCCCAGGUCCCCCUCAAGGAGGAGCCGGUCACAGUCUAAGGACGGAGGAGACAGACGACCUGAGGCGAACGACGUCAGGGAGAGAGAAGGAAAAGCAGUGAAGUCCCCGUCAAAAGAUGCCUCCGCAGGGAAGGAGAACAGGUCUCCCAGUCGAAAGCAAGGCUCCGGCCCCCAACGCCACAGCGCCUCUCCAAGACGCAGGGACCACCGCUCCCCCUAUCACUCUUCAAACCCCCAGGGCGGCGACAGGAAUUCCAAGCCUAGCCGAUCGACCUCCCGCAACAGGUCGCCCGUCAGGAGGGACCAGAGUCACUCUGCAGACAGGAGGAGACGAGAGGAGCGCCAGAGACUCUCUCCUGUCAGGAUGCGACCCCGUGACGAGACACGGGGCCGUCGGGAGGGAAGCCCGUCUCUCAGCGUUCGGCGAAGGAUGAGCCGUUCACCCAUCAGACGCAGAUCUCGCUCGCCCAAAAGACACGGCGACAGGUCCCCGCUCAGACGCAGGUCUGCAGAGCGGGACAGACUGAGCAGGAGACAACAGCGGCGUCCUGGAUCCCAGGAGCGACGGAGGAGACGCAGUCGCGAUAAGGAGGAUAAAUUCAAAGGCAGCCUGUCUGAGGGCAUGAGGGCAGACCAGGAGGAGUCAGAUGAAGAAUUCCUGGAAGAUUUUGAAAUUGAUGAAGAGGACGAGGAAGCUCUAAUCGAGCAGAGAAGACUUCAGCGGUUGGCUAUCGUCCAGAAAUAUAAGUCGGUGAAUGAGGACAGCAAUCUGUCCGUGCCCUCGGAGCCCUGCAGUCCCGUCAGCACCCCCCGCAGCCGCUCCCCCUCCCCCGACGACAUCCUGGAGCGAGUGGCCGCCGACGUCAAAGCCUACGAGCAGGAGAACCUGGACACGUUUGAGGCCAACAUGAAGGCCAAGCAGAACCUCCUCACGCAGGAGAAGGACGGACCUCAUUCAAAAAAACAGUCAGCUCCCGACAUGUUCACCGAGUCAGAUGACAUGUUCGCUGCGUACUUUGACAGCGCACGGUUACGAGCAGCUGGAGUGGGAAAGGACCUUAAGGAAAAUCCCAGUCUCAGAGAUAACUGGACGGAUGCUGAGGGAUAUUACCGGGUGAAUAUCGGCGAGAUGUUGGAUAAGCGUUACAGCGUGUACGGCUACACAGGCCAGGGCGUGUUCAGUAACGUGAUCCGUGCCAGAGACAUGGCUCGUGCCAGCCAAGACGUGGCUGUGAAGAUUAUCAGGAACAAUGAGCUUAUGCAGAAGACAGGCCUGAAAGAAUUGGAGUUUCUCAGAAAGCUGAACGACGCUGAUCCUGACGAUAAAUUCCACUGCCUUCGUCUCUUCAGACACUUCUACCACAAGCAGCAUCUGUGCCUUGUGUUUGAACCUCUCAGCAUGAACCUGCGAGAGGUCCUGAAGAAGUACGGCAAAGACGUCGGGCUGCACAUCAAAGCGGUACGCUCCUACAGCCAGCAGCUUUUCCUCGCCCUCAAACUACUCAAACGCUGCAACAUCCUUCACGCUGACAUCAAACCAGACAACAUCCUGGUAAAUGAGUCCAAGACAAUCCUCAAACUCUGUGACUUUGGAUCUGCGUCCCAUGCGGCUGACAAUGACAUCACGCCGUACCUAGUCAGUCGGUUCUACAGGGCUCCUGAGAUCAUUAUUGGGAAGCCAUAUGAUUAUGGAAUUGACAUGUGGUCUGUGGGCUGCACGCUUUAUGAACUAUACACGGGAAAAAUCCUGUUCCCAGGGAAAACCAAUAACCACAUGCUAAAGGUAGCCAUGGACCUAAAGGGCAAAAUGCCUAACAAGAUGAUAAGGAAAGGCCUGUUUAAGGACCAGCACUUUGAUCAGAACUUGAAUUUCUUAUAUAUAGAGGUAGAUAAAGUCACUGAACGGGAAAAGAUCACUGUCAUGAGUACCAUUAACCCCACAAAGGAUCUGUUAGCGGACAUGGUGGGUCGCCAGAGACUGCCUGAGGACCAGCGCAAGAAAGUGGUUCAGCUCAAAGACUUAUUGGACCAGAUCCUGAUGCUGGACCCGGCUAAGAGGAUCAGCAUCAACCAGGCGCUGCAACACCCGUACAUCCAAGAGAGGAUUUGACCUGCUGACCUCUGAAGACUGUCGCAACUAAGUAGUCUGAGUCUGCCCAAAAUGCUACAUCUUUCCUGCAGACCAUACAAAAUAUUUCUGCGUUUAUUUUCUUUAAAAAAAAAAAAAAAAAAACCAGACCAUUUUUUGUU